AGAUUAUAUCUCCUCUCCCCUAACAUGAAAUUGCUGGUUACUGUGGUCGUGGCUGUGGUGGUGGCUCGGGGUAGCGCUGUAGUCAGCUCCUCGUCCCACAUCUCCUUCGGAGGCUCAUCUCAUGGCUCUUUAGGGGCUACAUCUCAUGGCUCCGGCUUUACUCGACCUCAUGAAUCGUUUUCUGCACCUCAUAGCUUCUCAAAACCUGUCCAGCAAGGUUCCGCUCUCUCCAGACCUCAUGGUUCUCUGAGUGGCUUUGAUCAUGGCUCAUCUCAGUUGUCUCAUGGUAGCUAUACACCACCACGGCCAACCUAUGGUGCUCCUGUUGACACCUACUCUCCUCCCAAGGCAACCUAUGGUGCUCCUGUUGACACCUACUCUCCUCCCAAGGCAACCUAUGGUGCUCCUGUUGACACCUACUCUCCUCCCAAGCCAACCUAUGGUGCUCCUGUUCACACCUACUCUCCUCCCAAGCCAACCUAUGGUGCACCUGUUCACACCUACUCUCCUCCCAAGCCAACCUAUGGUGCACCUGUUCACACCUACUCUCCUCCCAAGCCAACCUAUGGUGCUCCUGUUGACACCUACUCACCACCUCAAGACAUCUACGGUGUCCCUACAAAUACUUAUGGAGUGCCACAUGACACCUUCUCACCUGCACAGGACAUCUACACAGUGCCAACUAAUGCUUAUGGUUUGCCACUUGACACCUACACACCACCAAGUUAUGGCGGCUAUCACUAAGGCGAAGACACAUCAAGAGGUUUCAGAAGCAUGAGACUAUUUGCUUCUUCACGAGAUUGCAAAGGGGCUUCCAUCCCCAAGGAACUGUGGUUCUUCUUGUGGCGACUGUGGCACCUCGUAGUCUCCCAUGGUACCCCUUUCUCGACUAUGGCACCCCGUGGUCGAGAAUGGCGCUCUUGCCUGUGAUUGAUUCCUGAACAUCGCUCAACAUGUAAAAUAAGAAUGUGUCCCCAAGGUUGCUACACUUCUAAAUAUAUUUGUAUUUAUUUUAUUAAUGUGAAAAGAUAACAAUAAAUAGAAUGCAGU